AUGGGUCCUUACAGUCGUAGGAUGAUUCAAGAGUAUAAACUGUAUUUUCGUGAUCAAUCAGGAAAGAUCAUUAUUGAUGCAUACAAGUUUAACGUCAUCGUCACUACUUAUGAAGUUUUGCUUUCUGAUAACAGUGAGCUAAAGAACAUCCUAUGGAGAGCAGUGAUCAUUGAUGAGGCUCACAGACUCAAAAAUAAAAACUGCAAAAUGUUGGAAGGACUCAGAGAACUACACAUGGAGCACAGGGUGCUACUGACUGGUACUCCUCUUCAGAACAGUGUGGAUGAAUUGUUUCGUUUGUUGAAUUUCUUGGAGCCGUCACAGUUCCCCUCUUUACAGUUAUUCCUCCAGCAGUUUGGGGAUCUUAAAACUGAAGAACAAGUUGAAGAAUUACAAACUGUUCUUAGAAAACCCAAGGAAGACGUUGAGAAGAGUUUAGCACCAAAAAAAGAGACUAUCAUUGAGGUAAACACUUAUUUACUAUAA